AUGGAAAAUAUGUCAUAUUCUGAAGAGGAUGAAUGUUAUAUAGAGGAGGAGGAAAAUAAAUACGGCAAUGAUAAAACUACUGAUGGUAAGGAGGAAGCUACUGUUCUGAGCGUAAAUGAUUUUUUGAAAAAGCAAUUUGUAAGUUAUGAAGAAGCUUACGAAUGUUAUGUAAGGUAUGCCAAGUGUGUGGGGUUUGGAGUUCGAAAGGGGGAUGCAGCUGUUGAUAGUACUGACAAGGCACAAGUGGAUAGCAUGCAUAGACAUGGCCUCCCACCUUCGAAGAUCAUGGGUCUUAUUGCUGGACAAGCGGUGGUUAUGAAUUUGCUGAUCAUUGAAGGAUAUGGAAAUGCAACUCUUACUUAUUUGCAUGGAAAAGCAGAGGAUGAACCUAUAAUGAUUGUGAGACAUAGUUUGACAGAUGAUGAUAAAUUGGAGCAUUUAUUCUGGGCGGAUGAUUUAAGUCGAUUUGACUAUCAAUAUUUUGGUGAUGUUCUAGCAUUUGAUUCUACUUACAGAAAAAAUAAGUAUAAUAGGCCGCUAGUUAUCUUUUCAGGCACAAACCAUCAUCGCCAAACUUGUAUUUUUGGCUUCGAUUUGCUAGCAGAUGAACAAACAAAAUCAUACAAGUGGCUACUAGAUAACUUUUCAGAGGCGAUGAUGAGUAAGCAUUCGAGUCUUGUCAUAACAGAUGGUGAUAAUGCCAUGAAGAGUGCAAUUGAAAAAGUUUUUCAAAAUGCUACCCAUAGAUUGUGUGCUUGGCAUCUGUAUAAAAAUACAGUAUCUCAUAUCAAGGACCCAGAAUUUCGUGAGGAAUUUAAGAAACGCUUGUAUGCCAAAUUUGAAUGUGAUGAAUUCGAAGAGUAUUGGCAUGACAUGGUUGAAAGGUUUAAUCUUGCGGGAAACGACUGGGUAGAGAAACAAUAUAGAAGGAAAGAACAGUGGGCUACUGCUUAUUUGGGUAGCAAGUUUUGCGCUGGAUUUAGAACCAUCCAGAUGUGA